AAUGAGUCGUGAACAGCGCUGCGCUUUCGGACACUUUCUGCUGUAACAAACAGCUUCACUGUAAGGCUAGCAGCCAGAAGCUACCAUUUAUUAGCACCGCUACAUUUCUAUCUGCUGCCUUUUAUUCUGUAAAUAUACCGCUGGCCUUGCACUUCUGUCCCAAUAUACCUGAAUAAAAUGGUCGUUUUGACAGAUAAUGAAGAUCAGGAUUACAUCCUGAUAGAAGAGCGCAAAUGCGUCUCACUGCCCUGCUCACCUGCUAAGCGCGUAUCUCCUGCCAAAAAGAAGCAGUUUUACAUCAAUCAAGCCAUCCGCAACUCAGACCUCACUCCACGUGCGAAAGGCAAGAAGAGCCUUCGCAGACAGGAAAACACCCGUUUUCUUGCCAACCUGCUUGAGAAGGACGAAUGCUCCAAAGAUGACCUGGAAGUUUGCAGCAACCCAGCUAUCCCGUCCAUCUUUACUGAAGCCUGCACCAAUGGAAACUAUAUCCAGCCAUGGGGCGACUUCAUGAAUUGCUCAGGUGAGGAGCAGGAGCGGCUGCUUUCUCUGUUGGAAGAGGAGGGGGCCAGGAAGAAAAAUGCCAAUCAGCUUCUUAAAGACCACAGAAAUGUAUAUCCUGCCUUUGCUGCUCAGGAGUGUUUCCACAGAAUCGAUCGCAGGCUUCGAGCGACUCUGAGACGGAAGCAAAUCCCCAUGGGAACGCUGGAAGUCAUCGAGGAAAACCUUCUCAGCUUCUUCAGCGCUGAACCUAACUCAGUUUACACAACCAUCCUCAGCAGCAGUUUUGAGAGGCUGCUUCUUCAUGCCAUCUGCCAGUAUAUGGACCUGGUCUCUGCCAGCAUCGACUACAACGGCUCACGCCAGACUAAAGUGGUGAACAAACAGGAGGAGUUUCUUCCUCCUGGACUUCUGCUGUCUGCCUAUCUGGAGCAGAUGAGCUGAAACCGGAACUACGCCUUUCUCUCCUGUUUCCUCAGAAAAAACAAGCUCUGUCACACUUUCAUAAAAUAUCCAGUGAUAUUUGGGUUUAUUCUGUCCACAAAGGAGUAAACAUUACUUUAGCAUACCUGUUGGCAUGUUGUUUUACAGGAAAGCUAGCAUACACAAACAUCCAACCACACCUUCACCACACACAUCGUUUCAAAUAUAGUAAAUUUCUGAGAUUACCAGAAAUAUUAGUAGGUUUCGACUUUCAAAUCCAUCCUGCAGAGCAGUUCCUCACUGGUUUGGAGCAAAACCGAGACAAUUUUUUUUAAUGUCAUUGGGCUUAAGGAAUAUUGUUUGGAAUAAGUGAUUAUGUUUUAAAUAGCUUUUUGCCACGACUAGUGAUUACAACACAGUUGUAAAAUCACCAUGUUUUGGUCAACACCGCCUCUUGAGGAUAUUUUUAAAUUACUGUUUAGAUAAACGCAGAUAGUUAAAGCAGCUUUAAUUCUUGCAUGUUUCGUACUGUGUGAGGACUGACUGGGAAUGUGGAGACAUGAAACUAUAACAGUGAGCUCAUCAACUUCUUUGAAUGCUUAUUUAUACUUUAUACAAUUUUCUCUUAGAGAACAAUAUAUCUUGAUCAAGAUAAAAAGUUUUUAUAAAUUUUCCAAGACCUCAACUGUAACGCAAGUUAUUUGUUCUGAUUGGCACUUGGAUUUUGUGUCAAAGAAAUGAAACUAGAAAUAUGUCAAAACUUUGACCUUUCUAUUUUGAUUAAUCCUGCAUAAUAAAUAGGAUACAUAUCUGUAUCAAGAGAAAAAAAAGCUACUGUAACCUAGGUUACAUUCAUAUUUGCACAUCUUUACAAAUGAUCCAAAAUGUGCAUAAAAUAAUUGUCUAAAAAAUAAGGCCAGCUUUUUGUUUUCAUGACGUCCUCCAACAAUUGUGUUUGGCAGUUAAGGUUUACAGGAUGCAUUUCCAAUGAAAGAAAUCAAGAGUCAGAAUAUACAAAAUGUAGACCUGCUUUUUAGUCAUCACUAGUAACUGUUUAGUUAAUAUUAUAUUGCUGUGUUUUGCUGGUGUUAUUUUAGAUUACUCAAAAACUAAACUCAUUCUGUUCAAUAUAAGCUGUUGAUUUACUCAACUUAUGAGUAUUUUUAAAAAUAAUUUGGUACAAUCUAUAAAGAUCAAAUAAAUCCUCUAAUGGGGAAAACCUGGUUGCAGUUAUGAAUUGAAUAUUUAAAGAAAUGAACUUGUGAAGUGUGUGUCCUGCUAAAAACAUAGAUUUAUUAUUUAAGCAGAAAUAAAAUCAACACCUAAAAACAUAAUGAAAAGUUUACUUCCUGUGAUCUGCAGCUCUCCGUUGGCUGUAAGGAAUCUGUUGCUCUGUUACACGUUUGGAUGAAUGGUGCUAAAACUGCUUUCAAAUCCAAUGCAUAUCCAAUGGAAAUAGUCACCCUCUGGAUUUCUGGUGGAAGUAUGAAUAUUAGUUGUCCUGUUUGGAAAGACAGCAGAGGUGAAGAUAACGGUCAUCGUUUAGGGAAGAUUUUUUCCAGUCAUCUAUAUAAGUAGAAGCUGGUUCAUUUCUGUCUGAAACACCAACAUCCUGAAUACACUGGAAAUGUCUUCAUAAACCAAAUGUUCAGAGCUUAACCAGUGCUACUGCAACCACUGCCAUCUAAAAUGCUGUUCAGGUUUUGAGCUUAGAUCUGUUUAGACCUCUAGAUGGUGCUGAUUUCCAGUGUAGACAGAGUACCUGUUUCAUCUCUGUAAAUCUCAUAGGAAACUUCAUUUUUUCAUGCCAUGUAAUUGGGGGAUUUGUUUCUGUGUAUAAAUGCUUACACACGUAUAACACAGUUUCAGUAUCAUAACCGAUGUUAUGGUUUAAUAAAAUCCACUUCCUGUGCAGCGAAUGCAUCAUUUCACACUUUUAUGACCUAUAUUUAAUAAAUGGAAGUUAUUUAAAACAAUUUCAUCAACAGUUGACACUUAAAGAAAAGCACUUCCGCCUUAUGAACAUUGUUUCUAUCAUUUGUCUCAACAAAAAUUUCCAAAUUUUUACUUGAUCAGAUUUUGAAAAUGUGUAUCCAGUAAGAUAGAAAAAACUGCUUUCUUUAUUAUACCGUUUACAGCAGUGUAAUAAAACUUGACCUAUUGGUGCAUUUUUGUCAACUACCAAAGCUUGUGCAUCUGUCACAAGGAUGCAUCCAACUUCUCAGGCUUUGAAAUGGUCACUGAAUGUGUCGUUAGGAUUUCUCUUGUCUUUUUAUGUCUCUGCAGACGAACGUAUUUCUCUACUGCAGUUUGCCUUUGUUCUCUGCUGCUCUCUGGAGGGCUGAUUGCUUUUUGAUGACAUGUUAUUGCACUGUAAAUAUUUAUCUUAAUUGUGCCAAACUUUGUUUAUUGAAAGCCUGUAAAACUGUAAGAGCUUUCUAUGUGAUACUGGAACAUCUUUGUGUUUAUCUGAUGUACAUAUUUGGAAUGAUCUCUGCCAUGAUUAAAGGGAAUUUAAGGUGCAAGCAUGAA